AUGAAUCUGUUGGCCGUCUCUUCCCUGCCCGUUUACUCGGAACGAGGUGCACGAGGCAGGUCGGAAAAGAGAUCCAAGUCCUCUUCAGUUUCCGUCAUCACUGCAAACCACCGAGUUGCACCAACUUCAUCCACAACAACAAACCCGACUUCCACCACUUCGCCGGUACCGGCUUUCGCUCCUUCAAACAACGGCCACUUUCUACACCACGAUCCUUCCGACUACAUCCACAACGAGCUCCUGGAGCCAGCCGUACAUGGCCCGCCGUCACCAGAGAGCAUUCGACAGCUAAGCAAGCAAAUGAAGAAGGCCUCUCAGAGAGACAACCACCUUAGUCACCAUACAACCUCAUCAGGUUCCUCAUCACUACGCUCCUUAACUUCGACCGACUCACCCAGUACCGACAGUCUUUCGAGAAAAUCUUCAGGACGGUCAACGAACAGCCACACCAUGCCGAACGGAAAGGACCGCCCCGAGAGCGUCCAGAUCUUUGGCAAGACGCUUUUUAACCGACGAGGCAGGCUAAAGCGUGAGAGCAGUUCUCAGAAUCUGUAUUCGGCCGAAAUGGGCAGUGAUGCCAAUCUGCCGCUCCCUCCCACCUCGCAGCCAGCCCCAACGUCAGCCCCUUCGAGGGACUCGUUCUUCAGCCGCCGCCGGACCAUCAAGGCUGAGAAUGCCGAAGACUCUGUAGGCCAGAGGAAGAUUCAGAUCUCUGGACCCUACAACUUCCAGCAUGUGGCUCAUACCAAGAAGGGCAGCAAUGUCGAUGACUUGCACUUUUCCGACUUCUCGUCCGACUCUCUUCCCCUUGCCGACGUCGAUCUGCCACCUUCGCACCGCCCUCCUUCCAUGUCCGCGAAGCAGACAACACCACCUCGACGGCUCAUCAAGCACGCAAAGUCGCAGGACUCGAUGAGCAUUGCGCCCCCACGUCCACCUAGGUCCCCGAUUGAGGAGUCCAUCCCGGUUCCCCCCAUCCCGCUACGAGUUUCUAGCCGCGUAUCAACACCGGCAGAUGGUCUCGACCCAUCAACCUUGGGCCGGCCGCUGACAAGUACCGGGUUCCGUCAUGCUCAACCACUUGCCGUCGACACCGAUAGCCCUACUCCCCCAGUGACAUCACAUGGGCACAGUCGCAUGAUGAGUGUCCCUGACAACGAUGUCAACUGGCCGUUGCCCGCUCCCGCGAAUCCCGCGUUUGAUGCCGCUCCGCUACCCAAUGUGCCCGAAGAGCAGGAAAGCGCUUCCAUCAUGAAGCCAUCCCGUGCCAGCGUCAUGAGCAACUCGUCGCUCCGCGCCAGCCAGUCGGUGCCCAUGCUCCGGGCUUUCUCCCCACGACAGGACUGCAGCCGCGAACCCAGCGAUACACCAUUCACCCUAGUAGACGCCCAGCGCGCCCUGGUGUCCACCCUGGAUGAGAUGAUCGGAGGCGAUUCUUCGCUUCCGCGGGAGAGCUGGGAAGACGACAUCGACUACUGCUACGAACACGCCGCCGAGGCAGACUGCGAUUACGAGUGGGCUCGUCCGUCGAUGGACAUCAGCCGGGACUGUGGAAGCACCGCGCCCGUGGAGCACCCCUACCACCGCACGAAGCUGUCAUGCAACCUCAAUACUUCCAUGCUCACUCCCGCCCAGCUGGACAUCCCAUCCCUAAGCCCAGUCAGCCUCAACUCGGCCACCACACCGCACGAAGCCAUCACGCCAACAGGAAUGACGGCCGCCCUCCCGCACCCCACCCACUCCCACAAAACCUCCAACUUUUCUCUACCAAGAAUCGAGGCUCCCACCAGGUCCGCCUCCGACAUGCUCAAGACGCCCGAGCUGCACGCGCGCAAGCCCUCGGACGCCUCCAGCUUCAAGGAAUCGCACGGCUUCACCCUCUCCCCCUCGCUGCUGAUCCCCACCGAUUUCCAGCGGCAGAUGCACCUGGACUCGCUCGACGAAGGCUUAGGGGCCGGAGCCGAAGGAGACUUCAACGACAGCCGCGGCGGGGAAUACCCCUUUGCCGCCCACGCCUUCUCGUCCCUCAAGUACAACCCGCACCGGGCCUCUGCCUCGACAACCGCCACGUUGGAAAGCAUCAAUUCGGGCCGACACAUGUCGACGGCUUCCAUCUCGACGGACUUCACGAGGCUGACGCUCAGCACCAAUUCGCUGGUGGAUAUGGAGAACUGCAAUUACGAGUCGCCCGUUUGCGAUUUUCCCAGCGGCCACAUCCGCUCCGAAAGCGUCAGCGCCAAGGGCGGCGCCGCUGCCAUGCCCCCCGUUCCCGAGUUCGAAGAAAUUUCCGAUGAAUCCCUUCGCCGAGGCGAGAGUUUCCCUAACCUUGUCGGACUUGGUCAGGCGGCGCAGGAUAGUGCCGAUGCACCAGCAGCUGCUGGCACGAAGCAGCGAAAGGAUUCGCUGCUGGGCGGCCUGCAGAGGCCAGGCAGAGGUCGCGCGAGGACGACCAGUCUUAGCACCCCGCCGCCUCCGAACCAGUUUUCGCUGUUUCCUAAUGUGAGGUUGACGGGACCUCAGAUCUAG